AUGGCGUACUACCAAGACUACCAGUCAACAUACGACUAUGCUGCCUUCAGCACCCCGUUUCCCGGGAACUUGUACCAAAAUGAGUACAACCUGGAGUUUUACCGACAGCAAGCUGCCAUGAUGAACCGAGGCAUAUUCCCGGGCGUUGGCGGAAAGGCUACCGAGUCUAAGCCGAGACUUGCCAAGGACGAGGUCGACAAGCUCGAGAGGGAAUUCCAGAGGAAUAACAAGCCCAACAGCAGUCUGAAGAAGCAGCUUGCCGAGGAAAUGCGAGUGGACAUCGCAAGAAUUAACAAUUGGUUCCAAAACCGUCGAGCAAAGGCGAAACAGGAGAAGAGGGCACAGGAGAACGAGGCUCGCCGCAAGUCGGAGCAGACUGCCGAGGAACCCAGCAACUCCGAGACUAUCAGGGAGUCUUUCCAAGACCACGACGACGACCUUCGCCCGUCCACCGCCCCCUUCCCGCCCGUCAAGUCACAGCCGGAUUCGGCCUCUGCCCGCGAAAGCUCGCCAUUCGAAGGGACCGAGACCACGGAGCAAUCUGUAGAACAACCUCUGGCUGUUGCCGAAGAGACGGAGUCGGAAUACGCUUCGCCCGAAUCUUCCAACUCCUUCUUGCACCAAGAGCUCAACAUUAGUUACACCUUGGCCUCUGAUCCAUUCUUCUCGGACCAGUCCUCGUGUGACUUCACUUCGUCCAUGCCUUUGGAGGCCAACAACCAGACCCCUGGUCACCUGACUCUUUCGAUACCCAACCAGUACAUGCCGCACCUUUCCGAGUCAGCGAGCGCUUCAUCCUUCUCGUCAUACCAUCACCUGUCCAGUGCAAGCGACUUUGGAGAUUCGCUGGCUCCUAUGCCGUCACAUGGUCUGUCCAGCAACUUGACUGAGCCGAUCCCCAUCAACGUGAAGCGGGAGCAAAUGCAUGCCGACGCCAUUGACAAGUUUGACCAAUUCUCGCCUGCGUCAAUGUCUCAUUCACCACCCGACAUCUCUACCUCCGACUUCCGUUUCAAGUCGCCGUCGACCAUCGACAUCGCUAGCAGGAGAAACUCCAAACGGCCCGCUCAGCUUGUCAGCUGCGUGAGGAGCCAGUCGUACAACUACUCGGGCCCGAAGACGGGCAUUGAGAUGCCCAGGAGGAUGGAGGCACCGAGUCCAAUGCGUCGGGUGGCAUCUGCGACAGGCAACUUCCCCAGAGGAAUUCAAAAGAUGGCUAGCUCGGGCCCAAGAUCGCCCCUAUACUUUGACCGCAACCAGGAGAACCUUCUUCUCCAGAUGGCCUCAAGGUCCCCGGUAUCCCGAAGCCCUGGAGCGCCACCCACGCCCAACACGCCCCUUGUUACUGGCCAUCAGACCCUGCGUGAGACGACUGUAUCGUCCAUGUCCUCGGCCGAUGACGAAAAGAGCUACAACCUUCAAAACACCCUGACAGUACCACAGUACAGCAUGGACCCGACCAUGAGGACGCCGCCAGACACCCCCGGGAUGCUGACGACGAUGCCAAACUCAAUAUUCCCGACUUUCGACUUCAACGUGCCCGAUGACCCUCUUCCUACGCCCGGCUUCGGUGGCUUUGAGCAGGAGUUUUCCACCAUGUCUACGAGCAUCCCGAGCUAUGUCGCGCACGGUUGCGCAAGCCAGCCGGUGACACCUUCGUACCCUCCCAGCAACAUGGGGCCGGCAUUCUACUCGCCCUAUAGCGGCAACACCGAGUACAACUGGUCGGAUGCCCCGGCCGUCUCGGUCAAGCUGUCGCCCGACCAGUCACGGUCAAGACAGUUCCAAUUCACCAACAUGACUGCGCAAGACUUCCAUGGAGAAUGA